GUCGAGCCCUCCGGAUGUUGCGACUGGCUAAACUACUCAGCCUGCUAAGACUUCUGCGUCUAUCACGGUUGGUCAGAUACGUUCAGCAGUGGGAGGAGUUCCUAUCGUUCGCCGGCAAGGUAAUGCGCUUCUUCAACCUCAUAUGCCUCAUGUUUCUCCUGGGCCACUGGAAUGGAUGUCUUCAGUUUUUGGUGCCCAUGAUCCAGGAUUACCCAAAAGACUGCUGGGUGUCCAUAGAAGAACUCAAGAAAGCGCACUGGACGGAGCAGUACACUUUCGCUCUGUUUAAGGCUCUGUCGCACAUGCUGUGUAUAGGCUACGGCAGGUUCCCGCCUCAGAACAUGACGGACACCUGGCUCACGAUCCUCAGCAUGCUUAGUGGUGCCACUUGCUACGCUCUCUUCCUAGCUCACACCACAACACUUAUACAGUCUUUUGACACUUCUAGGAGGCUGUAUAAUGAGAAGUUCAAGCAAGUUGAAGAGUACAUGGUUUACCGGAAGUUACCGCGGAACUUGCGCCAGAGAAUAACUGAUUACUACGAACAUCGAUACCAAGGCAAAAUGUUUGAUGAAGACACGAUACUUUCAGAGCUAAAUGAAUGCCUCAAACAUGAAGUUGUUAACCACAACUGUAGAUCGCUUGUUGCCUCUGUUCCAUUUUUUACCAAUGCUGACCAUUCCUUUGUGUCGGAGGUUGUAAGCAAGCUGAAGUUUGAGGUAUUUCAGCCCGGUGACUACAUUAUAAGAGAAGGUACCAUGGGGACCAAGAUGUAUUUCAUACAAGAGGGUAUUGUGGACAUAGUCACUUCAGAUGGCGAAGUGGCCACAAGUCUUUCGGACGGUUCAUAUUUUGGAGAAAUUUGCCUGCUGACCAAUGCACGACGUGUUGCCAGCGUGCGAGCAGAGACCUACGCUUGCUUGUAUUCGCUCUCAGUGGAGCACUUCAACAGUGUCUUGGACAGAUACCCCGUGAUGAGACGUACCAUGGAAAGUGUGGCAGCAGAACGCCUCACAAAGAUUGGCAAGAACCCCAGCAUCGUCAGCAGCAGGGCUGACCUGGAGGAAGAUCAGAAGCUUGUCAACGAAAUCGUCAUGGAGUCAACUCCUAUUCCAACUAGCGCCAGCGAGGAUGAAGACAGAGACUCUGAUGACAGUUCUGAUGGUAGCAAACAUAAAAAGAAGUCAUCUUUCAAAUUCGACUUUGCGACAAAAUUACAUAAAAUCUCAGAAGAAAGAAAGCACAAAGCUAAAGAGGCAAUUAAACAGAGACGGUCAGUAGACCUCGAAGAGGUCAAGCAUCAUGGGCAUUCGUGGACUAAACUACCCUAUGUCUAUUCUGGGUCAAAUUUGUUUGGCCUGAAGGUUCCUGGUCUUCCGGAUAGGAAGCGCUCAGGCAGUGUUGGAGACGCAUACACCUUAGCUAACACCAGACUUACCCAAAGUCUGGACGAGGCGGACGAGGACGAGUAUCAUAGCAAGGAUUCAAAACGACGGGGAAGUUUUCUGGGGGGUCGCCUUCUUAAAGCUCUUGAAUUGAAGGAUCUUAAACCAAAACAUCACAAGGAAGACAAAACGACGCAAUCAACAUUAAGAGAAAGAAAACGAUCCUUUUUAAGUGACCAUAAAGAAAACUGCAGUGUUGCUACCGUACCAGAAGAAAGUGCUAGUUUAUUGACACCAUGUGAACCGAAAGAUUGCAAAGACGCUAUUAUUAAUAUGAGCGAAGUCACAAAUGAUUUUGAUUCUUCAAAAACACAGCCAGAUUCAAAGACUGCUACAUUGGCAACAAGCGAAAGCAGUGAUGUUGAAUCGCAGGGAGAAACCAACGUGUUAAAAUCUUCCAUUAAAUCAUCAAACACAGGCAUCUCCAACGAGCCCGCCAAAAUAGCAGACGUAGAAUGUUCAGAGGUAGGCAGCACGCAAACGUCAACAGGAGAAAAAUGUGACAGAUCACCAAAAGAAAGUGACAGUGAUGCAAAAUCCGACACAAAGCAGAAAGAUCAGUCACCCAAAGUUGUCUUCUUCACUGACCCAAUUGUUCAAGCUUAUAUCAAAACGAAAAGCAAUACUAGUUGA